AUGGCUCAGGAGGGAUCCAGUAUAGAAAUGGGCACCAGUGACCAGGUCCUGGUUGCUGCCAAGAAGUCCAAGAAACUUGUAUAUGGAAUAGGUUUCAUCGCAAUGGUGGCAGUAAUCGCGGUGGUUGUCACACUUAUAGUGGUGUUUGCAGCCGAUGUAGGAGGCGCCGAUACCACCACUACACCGCAGGGCCCAACAUCAGUGACAACGCCUUCACCAACGCCAUCACCAGAUCCUGAUCCCACGGAUACUACAACACCAUCAUUUACAACACCAGUGCCACCAACACCAACUCCUCCUCAGGAGAUAGAUUUGGAUGCGAUAUUAAACGGUCAAUUUUCCGCCGCAAAUUUCAACGGCACUUGGACUUCUGGUAGCGAAAUAUUAUUGCGUAACAGUUAUGGAAACCUUGUUAAAUAUAAUGUUGAUGAAGAUGAUACGUUAUUAGUAGUAUCGAACGCGUCACAGUACUUAUUGAAUUCUUAUCAGUUCAAUGAAAUGUCAGGGGAUCAAAGAUACAUCGCACUGUCUUUUAACGAAUUAACUGAAUAUAGAUAUAGCUUUUAUGCGCAGUACGUAGUAAUAGAUACACGUACAGAAGACGAGUACCUAAUCACACCACCAGGUGUCGCUGAAGCGUUACUCCAAAACUUCAGAUGGGCACCUUCAGGCCCUGGAUUCGCUUUUGUAUAUGAAAAUAAUGUGUAUUACCAAUCAAAUUUAACAAACGAACCUGUACAAAUAUCUACGAAUGGCAAACAAGGCAUUAUUUAUAACGGAGUUCCUGAUUGGGUGUAUGAAGAGGAAGUGUUCGCCUCGAAUAACGCCAUCUGGUUUUCAAAAGACAGCAACAGACUAGCGUACGCCACAUUCGAUGACACCAAUGUACGGAUAAUGAGAAUACCUAACUUCGGAAUUCCUGGAUCCGUUGAACAUCAAUAUACAAAACAUCAUGAUAUAAAAUACCCAAAGUCUGGUACAAUAAAUCCCACCGUGUCAGUAAUUUUAAGGCUAUUGGAAGAUGGAACCCAAUCCGUCUACACCGCACCUUCUGAUCUCACUGAGCCAAUUUUAAAGACUGUGACAUUCGUGAACGCAAACACGAUAGGUGUGAUGUGGACCAAUCGCGUUCAAACGCAAUUCGUGGUAGAAUUAUGCACUCAAGGUACUGCAGUUUGCCGAAGGAUCUACAGUUACACUGAAGUCAAUGGAUGGGUUGACAACAUUCCUUUGAUUUUCAACGAACAAGGAACUGCUUUUAUUACUAUUUUACCAUAUGCAGUAAACAACGUACUUUAUAAGCAAGUAGUGCAAGUGUCGCAGGGUGCGACACCCACUGCUCUCUGGACCCUUUCUGGGCGCUCAAAUACCGCUCAUACAGUUGUCAAGAUCCUGAAAUGGACCUCUAGUGACGUGAUCUGGUACCUAGCCACAAAAGAACGCGAUGCCACAGAGCAGCACAUCUACAGCCUCACCAGUACCGGCUUGACCUGUUUCACCUGUGACUUACGAAGGCCGGACGGAGAAUUAUGCCUUUACAAUGACGGUGUUUUAAAUGACGACACCACUAGACUCACGCUCAACUGUAAUGGACCGAAUGUACCGCAAGUCUUUAUUUACAAUACGAACGGCACCCUUAUAAGAGUAUGGGAGGAAAACCGAGAUGUAGCAGAACUGAGUAGUUCAGUAGAAUUACCGGUAACAUUCCGCGAGGAUGUUUACCUCGGAGCUGGUAUUCCAGAUGGGAAAGUACUUAUACAAGCGCCUCGGGACUAUUUGAGUAGGACCAACUUGCCAUUGCUGGUUAAUGUUUAUGCUGGUCCUGAUACAGCGCAAGUGACAAAGCAAUGGAAUGUGGACUGGGGCACCUAUCUGGUCAGCCGGUUUGGCAUCGUCGUAGCGAAGAUUGACGGACGAGGGUCUGGUCUCCAGGGAGUUCAGAACAUGUUCGCGGUUAAUAGGAAACUUGGUACUGUGGAGGUGGAAGAUCAGAUUACCGUUACUAAAUACCUCCAAGACCGACUGUCCUUCGUAGAUCGGAACCGUACCUGUAUUUGGGGCUGGUCGUACGGCGGUUACGCGUCUUCAAUGGCUUUGGCCCGCGGAGGUGACGUCUUCAGAUGCGCCAUAGCCGUUGCACCAGUUGUCGACUGGCAUUAUUAUGACACCAUCUACACAGAAAGAUACAUGGACACACCUCAAGCCAACCCUGAGGCGUAUGCCAAUUCUUCAUUACUAACAGAUGCAGUGGUGGAAUCUUACCGCGGUAAGCGUUACUUCCUGGUCCACGGAACUGAGGAUGACAAUGUACAUUACCAACACGCCAUGUUAUUCUCAAGACGACUACAGUUGAAAGAUGUCUAUUUCACGCAGAUGAGUUACACAGAUGAAGACCACGGAUUAGGUGGAGUAAAGCAACACUUAUACCACGCCCUUGAAAAGUUCCUAAAAGAAAACAUGUUGUAG